GUGUCGACGUUGAUGGAUAAGUUUGAGAAGCAGUUUGAGGACCUGGACGUGCAGUCAGCGUCCAUGGAGAACGCGAUGAGCUCGACAACGACCGUCACAGCGCCGCAGAACGAGGUCGACGGCCUCAUGCACCAGGUCGCCGACGAGGCCGGACUCGAAUUGAACCUUGAACUGCCUCAAGGUGGCACCACUUCACUAGGCGUCAGCACUGCAGCAUCUGUUGAACAAGAUGAACUAUCGCAGCGGCUGGCCAAGCUCAGGCAGAUGGAGUAGAUACAGGGAGUAUGACCGAGUGCUGAUAAAAACAUUGAGAUAAGGCCUAAGAUAAAAUAUUGCUUGUUUCCCCUUUACCGACCGACUCGCCAAAACGCCGCUACUCGACACAUUUUAUUGGCCGAUUAAAACAAAACAAAAAUUAUUUCGUUUCGCCCAAAAAAAAUAAUCAAAUU